AGAGGGGACAUUUUCCAAUGGGGACACAGAUGGCAAAAAAAUUAAAAAGAAAAACUAACAGGGAUUCUAAGCCUCAAUUACUCUAUUCAAAACAGAUGUCUAUGCAAAUCGCACCAAAUGUAGUGCAUGUACUCAGGGGCGGACUGACCAUUUGGAAACUCGGGCACUGCCCGGGGGCCCAGGGUCAGUAGGGGGCCCCAUGAGAUGCCCCUGGUACCUUUUUCAUAGGCUUUUUUGAGUGUGGGCAAGGACACACAGGGCCUCAUGAUCCCCUAUUGCCCGGGGGCCCCAU